CUUGUCCUUUUUGGUGUUGUGGUGCGUCGACUGCUACAAGCUUUUUGCUUGAGGACUGGUCAAGGCGCCAAUGUGGCUACGCCCAGGACUCGGCCAGCGAUCUCCACGGAGCCAAGCAAGCUUGUGUGCGAGCUGGGCUGGGCAGUAUGUACCAAAAAAAGAAGAGAAAAAAAAAGGAGGAACGGGCUCAGUGCGUCGCGGGAAGGGAGGACGUCUACGAGUCGCUCGUGAGCUUUCACAACCAGACGAACGUGGGAAGGGGAGGGUCUUUAAAUAUCGGGACGGCCAGCACCCAAUCUCCUCCUCCGUCCUUGUUGAGAUGGCAGCACGACAGGGGGGUCAGAGCUUGCGCAAGGGUGGGCGUGAGCUUCCUGCCCGCCCCACGCUAGCUGGCGUUACAUUAUGCUACUGGGUCGGCGGCUGCAGCUCCUCCAAAGGAGGUGAGACCUUACUUCCAGCGACCCUGUCGUUGUCGCACGCGGUCCGCGGGCUGGGGAGACUGGUAGGUACUGUACCAUGCCUUGUCUGGCGACCGAGCCCCGCCGGGGGCCCGACUCGUGCGAGGGGGGACGCCGCUCCGUGGGGUGUGGGUGGGAAAAAGAGAUUUCUCUGGAGGACCAGAUCUGCGGGGCAAGGGGUCGGCGUGGAGGCUGGCCGGGGUGGCAGGUGCCCCAUCGGCAUACAGGCUGGGUGUAUGCAUGUAUACGGUGGACAGGCCGAACAAGGAAACAUCCCGAGACGGGCCAAAAUCAGCGAGCAGGAGCCUGCCAGACCCCAGCCUUUCCAACGACGACAGGCGGCUCCAAAGCCGAGAGCCGCUGACGGAUCAAGCAAUGCCACUGCCGCCUUGUGUGGCCGGCCAAGAGCCAAGAACGAGGUCCCCUGCGCCAGGCAGCGGCUUGGCGAGCACGAGUGCCGCCCGCCAAAUUCCGCUCUGCCGCGGCACGCGACACUCACCGUCGACGCGCUGGUGGCGGUAGGGGUGCGUCGCGGCACAUGA